AAUUUGAACAAACAUGUUGGAACACGGUAAGGCACAGUUCGAUAAUAUCGACGGCGGAACAAGUCGUUUACCAGUUACUGAGUUACUCAGUAUGACACAACGUUUAACUGACAAUUGGAUAUGAAAAAAGUGUAAUUUAUUAACAAAAUAACUAUACAGUACAAAUUAUACUGGUAAACAAAAUGAAGUAUUAUGAAAGUAAUACAAUUUUCCAAUUUAAUUGGGAUCAAGUAGCACGUGGAUUUUGGCAAAGAUAUCCAAAUCCUAAUAGCACCCAUGUACUUACGGAAGAUACUGUAUCAAGGAAGGUUGAAGAUGGCAUAUUACAUACCAGACGACUUCUGACAAAAACUAGCAGAGUACCAAAAUGGGGAGAGAGAUUUAUUAGUAAAAAUGUUGUAAAAAUUGUCGAAGAGGUCACAGUGGACCCCAAAACGAAAACUUUAACAACAUAUACAAGAAAUUUAGGUUACACUAAAGUCAUGGUUGUUGUGGAGAAAGUUGUUUAUAAGGUGUGCGAAGAAAAUCCUAAUUGGACAGUUGCGAAAAGAUCAGCUUGGAUCGACAGCCAAGUAUUUGGAUUUGGUAGAGCUAUUCAAGCAUUUGGAUUGGAUAGAUUUAAAAAGCAUUGUACUCUGAUGUAUAACGGGUUUAAUUAUGUCCUAGCACAUAUGUUUCCACAAACAGCACAGUAUAUGAAUCCGACACUUUCCCAAAUGGGUUUUGCUCAUCUAGUAAGAACAACGUACAUAAUCCAAGCCUGGAAAGGAAAAAAUUUAUAUUUACAUGUUUCUUUCUUUUUAUUUCAGGUCGAUGAAGGAGCUGGGGCAAGGACUAGUCUCGCGGAAGAUUUUCAACAUUCGUUACAGGGUAGAGCGGAAAAAGUAAAGGACGCUGCUAAAAAGGCAAAAGAUUUGGCAAAGAAAAAAGCUGGAACGAUUUAUGCUGCGUACCAAUCUGAACAGUCGUAAAUAAAGCGAUAUUAUUGAUGUGAACAACGAUUUAAAGUAUUUGGGGAACAGAAACGGUGAAAAUUAAAACAGUUUCGAAAUGGAACCGAAAGAUAAUUCUUGCAAAUCGACCGAGCGAAUAGUAUGAAAUCGUUGGUAAUUGUUUAGCAUUGUCAAUAUUCAUGUUUAUAGUUGUUUAAAUAGGAUUCGUCCGUCGAUGAAGCAAGGGAGGUGAAAAGAAGUUUUUGUUUGAACCACUUUACUGCAGUGACUCUGUAUAAUAUUUCCACGUUGUCAUUCCUAUUAACUGCCAACACAUAUUUAAUUUUUAAGAUUCAUUUAAAAUAUUUUUGUGAUAGACGGAACAACAUUUUUAAAGAUCGCAAUUAUUGACUAUGCUAAAUUGCGCGAACGUGGCAAUAUCGCUAUGCGUGUAUAUUUCCGAAAAAAUUUCUAAAUUCCUAAUUUCUAAUUCCUUUAAAUACACAUGCUUUACUUUGAUAACGUGUAAACAUUAUUAAACACGA